AACAAGCAAGCACCCAUCACUAGGCUUCAGCCUCUCUGAAUUAUAUCCACCUUUUAUAAAUUCAACUCUCUCUCUCUCUCUCUCUCUCUCUCUCACAUUUUCACACUACCACUGACUCAGUGAUUCAGUGGCUCAGUGACUCGGUGACUCGGUGACUGACACAGCAACACAAUCGCAUGCCCUAACUCCGGCGGCCGGAAUCACUUCAGAUCUGAGCCGUCCAGCACCAGAUCACGCCGCGAUGGAGCAAGCGCUUGAACUCGCGCGCGCCAAGGACACGAAGGAGCGCAUGGCCGGAGUGGAGCGCCUCCACCAGCUUCUCGAAGCUUCCAGGAAGAGCCUCACCUCGCCGGAGGUCACCUCCCUCGUCGAUUGCUGCAUGGAUCUUCUCAAGGACAACAACUUCCGCGUCUCCCAGGGCGCUCUCCAGGCCCUCGCCUCCGCCGCCGUCCUCUCCGGCGACCAUCUCAAGCUCCACUUCAAUGCGCUUGUCCCCGCCGUUGUCGAGCGCCUUGGCGAUGCUAAGCAGCCCGUCCGCGACGCCGCCAGCAGGCUCCUGCUUACCCUAAUGGAGGUUUCUUCUCCGACGCUCAUUGUUGAAAGAGCUGGUACUUAUGCUUGGAGACACAAAAGCUGGAGAGUUAGAGAAGAGUUUGCACGAACUGUCACCUCAGCAAUUGGUCUUUUUGCAUCAACUGAACUUUUUCUUCAGCGUGCUAUACUUCCGCCGAUUCUGCAGAUGUUAACUGAUUCAAAUCCCGGUGUAAGGGAUGCUGCUAUACUGUGCAUUGAGGAGAUGUACACACAGGCAGGGACUCAGUUCCGUGAUGAAUUACAGCGGCACCAGCUUCCCAUGUCCAUGGUGAAGGAUAUCAAUGCAAGGCUAGAGAGGAUUGAACCUAAGAACCGCUCAUCGGAUGGACUUAGUGCUGUAGAAACGAAGCCCUUGAGCCAUAACCCAAAGAGAAGUAGUCCCAAGGCUAAGAGUUCGUCAAGGGAAAGUUCUCUAUUUGGAGCAGAAGCUGAUCCAACUGUUAAAUCUGUAGACCCUAUAAAAGUUUAUUCUGAAAAAGAACUAAUAAGAGAAGUGGAGAAAAUAGCUUCUACCCUUGUACCAGAGAAAGACUGGUCAAUUCGGAUUGCUGCAAUGCAGAGAAUUGAAGGGCUUGUAUAUGGUGGUGCUGCUGAUUAUCAAUCCUUCCGGGGACUUCUGAAGCAACUUGUUAACCCUCUAAGCACCCAAUUAUCUGACCGAAGGUCUAGCAUAGUGAAGCAGGCUUGCCAUCUGUUAUGCUUUUUGUCGAAGGAGCUAUUGGGAGAUUUUGAGGCAUAUGCAGAGAUUUUCAUUCCAGUCCUUUUCAAGCUGGUUGUGAUCACUGUACUUGUAAUUGCAGAGUCUGCAGAUAACUGCAUAAAAACGAUGCUGCGUAACUGUAAAGUUGCUCGAGUGCUUCCUCGUAUUGCUGAUUGUGCUAAGAAUGACCGUAAUGCAAUACUUCGAGCAAGGUGCUGUGACUAUGCACUGUUGAUAUUAGAGUAUUGGGCUGAUGAACCUGAAAUACAGAGAUCAGCAGAUUUAUAUGAAGAUCUAAUAAGAUGCUGUGUUGCAGAUGCAAUGAGCGAGGUCCGUUCAACUGCAAGAAUGUGCUAUAGAAUGUUUUCAAAAACUUGGCCAGAGCGUUCCCGAAGAUUAUUUUCACUCUUUGAUCCUGUUAUUCAAAGGUUAAUCAAUGAAGAGGAUGGGGGGAUACAUAGGCGUCAUGCUUCUCCUUCUGUUCGUGAUAGGGUUACACCCGUCUCAUUCACUCCCCAGCCAUCUGCAUCUUCAAAACUACCUGGAUAUGGAACUUCUGCUAUUGUUGGAAUGGAUAAAACUUCAAGUUUAUCCUCUGGGACUUCUUUCUCUUCAGGACUUCAUCUUUCACAAGGGAAGUCAGUUGCUAAAGGUACUGAGCGUAGUCUGGAAAGUGUGCUGCAUGCAAGCAAACAGAAGGUCAGUGCAAUUGAAAGCAUGCUUAGAGGUUUGGAGUUGUCCGGACAUAAUUCUUCUACACUCCGGUCAUCUAGUCUGGAUCUAGGAGUUGACCCUCCAUCAUCUCGUGACCCACCAUUUCCUGCUGCUGUCUCAGCUUCUAAUCAUCUUUCAAACUCUCUAAUGACAGAUUCAACUACCUCAGGUAUCAAAGGUAGUAACCGCAAUGGUGGCCUGGUUUUGUCUGAUAUCAUCACGCAAAUUCAAGCUUCCAAAGAUUCUGCUAAAUCAUCAUAUUGUAGUCAUUUGUCAGCUGAAACACUGCCAACUGUUUCAUCCUACACCAUGAAGAGGGCUUCUGACAGAAUCCACGAGAGGGGUUUUAUUGAAGAGAAUAAUGAAAGCAGGGAGGCUCGGCGAACUCUGAAUCAUCAUGCUGACAGGCAUUAUCUGGACUCAUCUCAAAGGGAUGGAAACUUUAGGGAUUCACAUAAUAAUCAUAUUCCCAAUUUUCAAAGGCCCCUCUUAAGAAAGAAUGUAACAGGAAGAAUAUCUGCUGGCAGGAGGAGAAGUUUUGAUGAUAGCCAGCUCUCACAGGAGAUGGCAAAUUAUGUAGAAGGUCCAGCAUCACUAAAUGAUGCUCUGAGUGAAGGACUUAGUCCCUCUUCAGACUGGUCAGCUAGGGUUGCUGCAUUUAAUUACCUUCAGUCUUUGCUGCAGCAAGGCCAAAAAGGAAUUCAAGAAGUGAUUCAGAGUUUUGAGAAAGUAAUGAAGUUGUUUUUCCAGCACUUGGAUGAUCCGCAUCAUAAAGUUGCACAAGCAGCCCUUUCAACACUUGCAGAUGUCAUUCCAUCUUGCCGUAAGCCCUUUGAAAGUUACAUGGAAAGGAUCCUACCUCAUGUUUUCUCACGGUUAGUUGACCCAAAGGAGGUAGUUAGGCAACCUUGCUCAACAACUUUGGUUAUUGUUGGCAAGACAUACAGUGUAGAUUCCCUCUUACCAGCUUUGCUCCGUUCACUAGAUGAACAGCGAUCACCAAAGGCUAAAUUAGCUGUUAUUGAGUUUUCUAUCGGUUCAUUUAACAAACAUUCAGUGAAUCCUGAAGGUUCUGGUAAUAGCGGCAUUCUAAAAUUAUGGCUUUCAAAGUUAGCUCCAUUGGUCCAUGAUAAAAACACUAAACUGAAGGAGGCAGCUAUUACAUGCAUAAUCUCUGUAUACUCCCACUUUGAUCCAACAGCGGUGUUGAAUUUUAUUCUUAGCUUGUCAGUUGAAGAACAAAAUUCUUUACGAAGAGCCUUGAAACAAAAGACUCCUCGCAUUGAAGUGGACCUUAUGAACUUUUUGCAAAACAAGAAGGAGCGUCAGCGCAAGUCUUCUUAUGAUCCAUCUGAUGCAGUUGGAUCAUCUUCGGAAGAAGGAUACGUAAGUGCAUCAAAGAAGAGUCAUUUCUUUGGGAGGUACUCUGCUGGUUCAGUUGAUAGUGAUGGUGGGAGGAAGUGGAGUUCCACCCAAGAAACAGCCUUGGCCACUAGUUCUGUUGGCCAAGCUGCUUCUGAUCACACUGCUGAAAACUUUUAUCAGAAUUUUGAGACUGGUUCUAACACUGAUAGUCUUAAUUUAAAAACUAAGGAUCCAUCUUAUAUGAUCAGUGCCAUGAGUCAGAAUUCUGGUUCCUGGUCUAGCCCUCUGGACAGUGGCGAUGGUAGAUUAAAUUUAGAAAGUUCGCGUACUCAUUCUUUGGAUGUUAACGGAAUUUUAAACUUGGACUAUAUUGGGGCUGCUGAGAGCAUGGGGCAAACUGAAUCUUCCACGGACUUGGAUCAGAAUCACCACCAACCUAAGGUCAAUUCUAUUCCAGAGUCAGGUCCCAGCAUCCCUCAGAUACUCCACCUGAUUGGCACUGGAACUGAGGAAAGCCCUGCAGAAAACAAGUGUGGUGCUCUUCAACAGCUAAUUGAAGCUUCAAUAACUAAUGACCACUCUAUUUGGACCAAGUACUUCAAUCAAAUUUUGACAGUUGUACUUGAGGUGUUGGAUGAUUUUGACUCCUCCAUCCGGGAACUCUCUCUUUCGUUAAUUAUUGAAAUGCUUAAGAACCAGAAAGAGGCAAUGGAAGACUCUAUUGAAAUUGUAAUUGAGAAGCUGCUGCAUGUUACAAAAGACGUAGUUCCCCAGGUUUCAAAUGAAUCAGAGCACUGCUUGAGUGUUGUUGUGUCUCAGUAUGAUCCAUUCAGAUGUUUAAGUGUCAUUGUCCCUUUAUUGGUAACUGAAGACGAGAAAACUCUUGUUACUUGCAUAAACUGUUUGACGAAGCUUGUAGGCAGGCUUUCACAGGAGGAACUAAUGGCUCAAUUACCAUCUUUUUUGCCUGCACUGUUUGAAGCGUUUGGAAACCAGAGUGCUGAUGUUCGCAAGACCGUUGUCUUCUGUUUAGUUGAUAUAUAUAUCAUGCUUGGCAAAGCAUUCUUGCCGUAUCUGGAGGGGCUCAACAGCACGCAGUUAAGGUUGGUGACUAUUUAUGCGAAUCGAAUUUCACAAGCGAGGACAGGCACACCAUUAGACGCUAACCAUGAUUAGCGGUUCAGUUAGGUAGGAAUUGUGGGUUUGGGUGUUGACAAGUUCAUCUGUAUCUUGUAUAUUGUGUGAAUACGUUGUGUU